UGCAUUGUACAAGGAACUCUGCAUGCCUGUGUUGGUCCUCUUGUAACAGUUCCUCGUGAAGGGGAAAGAGUUUACUAUUUCCCACAGGGUCAUAUGGAACAGGUAUCUUUUGAUUUACAUUUUCUUCCAUGAUCUUUUAUCUUUUCAGGUCUUAUGUGCACUUUUUGUUUUCUCAUGCAAACGUGAAAGAUAUAUAAACCCUCAAUCAUAUGUUGAUGUUUCAUAUGUUAUUUUUUGUUGCAUUUUCUAGGAUAGUUUUAUCAUAAAGACGUGUGAUAAGUAACAGUGCUUCUCUCUCUCACUCACUCACGCAUUAUGAUUCUAUGUGAUUGCUAUUUUUUCCCAAUUUGAAGCAUCAACUCACCAGUGAUUAGACCAACAACUUCCUUCAUUCAAUUUGCCAACCAAAAUUUUAAGCAAAGUGAUGACUGUUCAACUUCGAGUAAGUGCCAUAAUGUUUUUUUUAAAAAAAAUUAAUUCUCCCUUCCAUGUUGAAUUAUGGUAAUAAGUACCAUUUUUAAUUUUAGGCCGAGCUAGAGACAGAUGAGGUUUAUGAACAGAUAACUCUGAUUCAUGAACAACAUGCAUGCAGAUGAAUGCUUGCCUCAACUGGAUAUGUCACAGCAACCAUCAUGGCAGGAAUUGGUUGCUAGUGAUCUACAUGGUCAGCCUAGGCGCCACUUGCUCACAACUGAAUGGAGUGUUUUUGUCAGUGCAAAGAAAUUGGUUGCUGGCAAUGCUUUCAUCUUUCUCAGUAUGCAUCUGGGUGUUCUUGCAACUGUGUCCCAUGCCAUCUCGACUGGCACCUUCUUCUCGGUAUUCUAUAAGCCGAGGUUUAGUGGAACAAUUGUCGAUGUUGGUGAUAGUACAUCAUCAAGAUGGCCUGAUUCGGAAUAGAUAUCCUUAAAGGUUCACUGGGAUGAACCAUCGUCAAUUUUGCGUCCAGAUAGGAUUUCACCAUGGGAAAUGGAACCACUUGUCACAGCAACUCCUACAAACACCCAGCCUCCUCAAAGAAAUAAGUGUGCUCGACCGCCAGUUUUGUUGUCGCCAGUGCAAGAUUGUGUUGUAGUUGAUAUAUUGUUUUUACAGCUGGUGGAGUAACAAUUUAACAUGUUCUUGUAAUAUAGUCUGCAGAUAUAGAUGAGAAAGUUAUCCGAAAUGAAAAGCCUGAAGUUCUUGUUAUGGCUCUUGUAGAGGCAAAGGUUUGUUUUUCUAAGAACUUCUGCAAGUUUAGACAUCUUUGAACAUAUUCUUGAAUCAUUUUCUGCUUUAGAAUUGUUAUGGGUUAAGGAAUAUUAUAGAUGACACCAUUUUGAUUUUCUCUUGUAUGUGGCGUUCAUUUUGUAUUUAUGAAUGGUAUGCAAUGUGAUGCUUUGCGUUUAGAAAA